GCUCUUCAAUCCCCAGUCUUGCGCAGACCACCACGCCACAAACAUGGUUAAGUACAAGUUUUUGCUCAGGAAAUAUUUUAACGGUGAAAAAUAUUUGAAAAGCAGUGAUCGAGUGAAGCAAAAGAAAAUUUCACGCUUUGGUGGUAAUGAAAAAGAAAAUAUUUAUAAAGUGAAGAAAGAAAUACUUGGUGCAUGUAACAGGCACAUGAAGGUGUUAGAGUGGAGGAGGGUGUGUGAUGACUGGGUGGCGGAGCAAGUCGAGAACAGGCCAGGCGCCAGUACGCCAGUCUGUGAGCUUUACAAUGCAUACAUUGAAGAUAAUCCCCACCACUAUAUGGACAUUGGGCAGUUUGGGAAAGUGCUCAGUUCACAGUUCCCCGACAGAAAGCGACGCCGAGGCAAGCAGGGCGCUCAGAUAUAUGUCUAUCAGGGUGUUGCUCUCAAGUCCAGAGUGAAUAUAGCCUCAACACACAGCAUCAUGAACAAUCCUGCAGAGCUUCCUGACCCACCACCACCUCCUCUCCAAAUCAAGAGUGAAUUUUCUGAAAGUUAUAACCUCUUGGAUCAAACAACAAUCAGGAAUCCAGCAGUUGGACCCAUAUUGUUGUCUGUCCCAAAAGAAACUUGUAGAGCAACUGUGAUCAAAGAAGAAGCAGAGGAUCGUGAUCAGAGUUUGGUUGCUGCACCCUUCAUCCAGACAAAGAGGAAAUCAAUGGAUGAGAACUGUAUUGUGUCACCUGUCCACCAUAAGAAACUGAAAGCCACAGAUGAAAGAAAUGACUCCUCAUCCACUGACUUUAUAGAUAAUUCUACACUCCUCCUCAGAGAAGAAAUAAAGGAAGAGAUUGAGGUGAAGGAGGAAAGUGUCCUACCACUAGACAUCUUACAAUCAGAACAGACAUAUCCCCAGACCCAGACAUUUCCAUCAACCGAGGAGCCAGAAAAUGUUGAUCUUAGACUGAAACGUCAUUCCAAAGUUUCACCCACUAGAACUUCUCUACCCAGAGAUGUUAAACGUUCCUCACCAACAUCAAUCAAACAUAGAAUGCCCUUGGCACGUCAGUGGGUGGAUGCCAACUUGGUGGACAAGAAAGGUGCUGUCACUACUGCUAGUGCAAUUGAAGAAGCAUAUGCUCAGGACCAUCCUAAUGACCCACUGCCUCAGACAACUAUGUCAGUUGUGAUUAGGGGGAAAUUUCCUACAAGAAGGAAGCGAUCUGAGCUGGGUUUCUAUUACCAGGAUCUGGAUCUGGUGAAACGUCGAGAUGAUGUCUCAAUGAUGUCCCACAAAUUAACUGAAGCAACAACUCUGCAACAAUAUCCUGUCAAGAUUCAGAUCAACACUAGUCCAUUAGCUGAAAGUGGCGUUUGGUGUCCAAAAAUAAUAAGUGUUAAAACUACAAAGGAGGACAGGAAGCCAGAUGACACAGCCAAGACAGAAGAUAUGCAGCAUAUCAUUGUUAGUAGGAAAGCAAACACAAUCCCAAGUAGUGACAGUUCAAGGGAAAGGAAAACAACCAUUUUCACAAAAGUUUCCCCUCCCUCAGCAAAAGAAGAAACCCCAAGUAAUGUGAAGAAUAAUGAAGGAAGGAAAAAAGCCAUUGUGAUUGGAACGCCAAGAGUAAAGCCAACGAUUGUCACAGACAGAGAUGGGGGACUGUCAGUAGCUGUAUGCAACCCACCCCCCGAGAGUGUCUUCGAUUAUGAGGGUGUCCCAUGUGUGAUGAUUCCAGUAAGUCAGGCAUCCAAUCACAUCUAUGUUGAAACUGAAAAACUUUUGCCAAAUUCUAAAGCUAAGGCCAUAGCUAAAAUGUUCUCGAAUACUUCUCAAGUGCUGUCAAGGGUAAAUAAACCAGGGAUUCUCUCAUCACCAUUACCUGGACAGAAUGCCACUCGUCCAUCUCCAGUUACAGUUGUUAAAUGUGAUAAUAAUUUAGGUGACAGAGGACUUCCUUCUCCCUCAGCACUCGGAAAUAAAAUACAAAUUAAAACAGUAUCUAACCUGAACGAGUCUCUCCAAUCUCAAUCCAGUGAUAAAUUGAUGUCAUUAGAAUGUUCAACAGAGAGACAAAAGACUAGUUCGUUAUCAAGUUCUAUGGAGGAAAAAAAACAUGACUCGCUAACAUAUUGUGAAAAGAGAGGGAAUUCAACUGUGUGUGAGGGCUACAUGUAUAGUACUAUAACAGGGAGCGAGACAGAAUCAUUUGAUAAGGAGAAUGAUGACUCUCACUUGGUAAUUGAUGAUACCCAGGCGACUUCCUGUGUUCCUGAGCCACACUUGGAGGAUAUGGAUGUCCUCGACUAUAUUAAGAGUGAAAUGGCUGAGGAUGAUGCAUUUUCUUCUGUAGAUAUGAGAAUGAAAUCAGAGCAGCAUUUGGUCUCUUAUAGGUGUGGUAUUUCUGGAGAUGCAUCAGAAGUAUCUCAGAAACAUCAUUUAAGGGAUAAAGUUCAACUGACUGAUUGUGAUACAAAAUAUACUAUGAGAUCAGGAAUUACAAGGAGUGUGAAUGAGGUAGGUGAAUGUGAGGUAGAAUUUUUAAACCAAGUUACAAAAACAAAUGCUGAUGUAAAAGAAAAUUUUAAAUUUGUUGCAAAGGCUGAAAGUAAAAUUAAUAUCUUAGAGACAGAAAACACUUUGAAUCUAUUUAAUGGUGAAGUUGAUGAAGGGAACAACAUAACGAGUGAUGAGCAUGAGUUAAAUAGUGAUAUAAUAAAUGUUAGGAAUGUAGUGUCUGACAUAGAGUGUGGAAAUAACAAGGGUAAUGAAGAUACAUCUAAGAUUUUUAGUGUGGAGAAUGAAAGUAAGGUUGCUGAGCCACACCAGAGGGUAAGUAAAGUUGGGAAAAAAUCAGUAAACAAAAAAAUAAGAAGCUGGGAUGAAGAUAUCAGAAGUUUUGUGGUAAACAAUAGUGGUGCUGAUAUAUUUAAAUAUAAAAACUUCCAAAAAAGGAUAACAAAAAGAAAGAAACAGGGAAGUGGUAACCCUUUACACCCUACUAGUACAGGGUGCUCAAAAUCAAUUGAUAAAACUCUAAAUGUAAAAAGUGAGUUGUCAAAUACAGAAAACUUGAUACCGGAGGAAGACAUGCCAUUAUCAUGUCAGAGUCGUGAAAUGAAGAUUGGAAUUUCUGAGUCUGAUGAUAGACUAAGAGCAAUAAGUUUGAAGAAGGCAGUUUUGGACACCACUUUUAAAUUGCUAUCAGAAAGAAGUGCAGGACUCACAGAAGCUGAGAGAGCUUGCAAAUUAGAAGCAGCCCUGUUUGAGGAGAAUCCUGCAGUCUCCUAUGCAGUCCAGACAGCUAAUACUAAAAACCUCCCACAGUUCCCUUGUCUCCCAUCAUCCACACUUGAAGAUCUCAAUUUAUGUUCAGAGAUGCAGUCCACAUUGUUACUGCAGCACCACCAGGCAUGUCCUGGCCUAGGAUGCCAAAGGUGCAACGUCCUUCGGGCAGCAUAUGUACACAUCACACUUUUCCGGCACCGAUGCCAAGUAUGGCACGCUUUUACUAAAAUUGUGAGCAAACAUUCCUUGGGCUGUAAUAAAGCUAGCUGUUCAUUACUCUUCUGUCAGUUCAUGAAGCAUGAGCUACAUUUGUCUGGUGUUUCAGUUUUGCCUAAUCAUCUGAUGGAGCAGUGCAUGCUUCUAGAAGCAGAAUUUAUGAAAUGUCGCAAGGCCGGACCUCACGGUGCGGACCUACACUGUGGUCACCAGCAGGAUGUAAGACUGCCUCAACCAGGGAUGAUGGAAACAACUGUAGAGACUCGUGGCCUGAAACUCGUGACUGACUUACUUAUGCCAAACAAACCUAAAACUCAUGAUAUCUCACUGGCUAUAUUGAAGACUCUGGAGGUAGCUGCAGCCCACUAUCACACAAAGGUGAAAACUAAAGAUUAGAUCAGGGGUUCUCAACCAGGGGGGAAUUUCCCCCCCUCAGGUUUUCAGGGGGGGGGGGGAAACUGAUACUAAUAUGGAAAAAAUAAAGGAUUUUCAGUAUUA